GCUGAUUAGUUUAUUAUUAUUGCUUCUCCCACGGCGUCGGGUUGGGCUGUGCUCUCUGGGCGCGGCGACGCGGCGGCGCGGCGGCGUCGCCGGCGGCGGGCGGAGAUGAGUUGUUGCAGGCCUCCUUUUUCUUGAUGAUAAACUUGGUAUUGCCUACUCCUAGAAGAUGUUUGACAAUUGGAGACUGCAGCGCAACUUUUCUCAAAUAUCUAGGCCUUUCUUUGUCCUAAUGAAGAGAAGUUUGCAAGAUUGGAAAAAAGAAGUGAUUCUUGGCAAUGCCUGUUGUGUAUAGAACAUUUUAUUCACUUGGGUGCCACUGAUAAGCCUAAUUCACCAUGAACACCUCUCAGUUGGGUUUUUGUACUUUAGCCUGCACUCUGUAUCUUUAUUUAUGCAGGAGGGAUUACUCCGGAUAAAUCAUAAAGGGUCUAGAUCCAAUGUCACGAAGACAACUUCUGCAUUCUGUCUGAGGAUAUGACGAUUCACAACUGAACCAUGCCUGACAGAUUAUUGCGCAAACCGAGGCGAAAAGUUCAGUGCAGAGAUCUGCUCGUCAUUUCGUCGAGAUGGUACAAACCCAGGUGCUAGCUUCUCCAAAAUACCAAAAGAGCUCCAGUCCCAGCUCUCUCCUACUUCAUCAGUAUCCUUCUUCCCACACAGCUCAGAGGUUGAUCGAUCAACGAUCUCGCCAAACGGGCGUUUUCGUUGUCGACCUCUGUCUCCUUUGUACGCAUAUAUACCGCGUACGUACGGAGGCGCGCGCAGUGGGCGCGCUGCGCUGCCAGCCCCAAAAUCUGCUCCAUUAGUUGCUUGUUUGGGAGCGCUCCUCGCUGAGCUUUGUCCCCAACGGGAUCACGAGAGGGGGAGGAACAAGUUGCCCAGAUUUUGGACCCUUGCCAAUGGAAGUGUGUGGGCUUGUCAUGUGGGAAGAGCCGUCGCUUUCAGGGUUUAAGCUGUUUCUGCUCCUCCUCUCUCUUGCUCAUGGGCAAUAAGUGAGAUUUUGGUUGCGCAUUAGAGGGAUGUGUGCCAUGUUUAUUGCAGCUUUGGCUUUAUUUUAGUCCCUCGACCUCUCCCAAGUGAUGAUAAAGACUGGUUGAAUAGUCAGCAGGCAGGCCGUAGAUUGGCUAGCGUAUGUAACAGUAUGAUGAGAUCAUGCAGUCAGUAUAUCCUGUUCUGAGUCGUGGAAAAGAUUUGCCCUUUCAUGGACCUAGGUCGACUCUGUUCAUCACAAAUCAGAGCAGGCUCUGGGGAUAUAUAUAUAUAUAUAUAUAUAUAUAUAUAUAUAUAUAUCAUAUAUUUUAGCUGUGCUGAAACUCUUGGAAUUUGAUCCUCCGUACUUGGCAUAUUUCAUUAAGGAAAGGGAUCACACACAUGGCAUCCUUCUAAAUCUUCCUAGGCCCGAGCUGGAGAGGGAUUGAUGGCAGCUCUUGGCUCCUCUUGCUUCCCUUUUAUUAAAAGGACAUGCCUCUCUCCACUGUCCAUGAUCAUCCCCUGGGCCCUUGUAAAUUGCCCCUCCAACAGCAGAUCCUCCGGCCCCUAGGCAGCCACACUACUCUCCUCUCCACAUCUCUAUCUUCCUUAUAUGCAAUAUCCCUGAUACAGUUGUUUGUACUGCCUGAAGCUACACCAAUAUAAUUCCCAGAUCUCCUCAGCUAAGCUAUAGCUUCUCUCCCAUCUCUUUCCUCCUCCUCCUCUCUGAUAUGUCUACUAUCUACAUGAGCCAGCUACCUGCUACUCUCCCUCUAAUGGAGGGGGAUCAGGAUCAGGGGCUCUACCCAGCCUUCCAUAGAGCAAAGGACCCUCCUAUCUUGUUCCCUUUCAUGAUCGACAGCGCCGUCGAGCACCAAGGGCAAAUCUAUGGAGAUCAGGGCUUGAGGAGGCAGCAGGUUUUGGGUGAAUCCAAUCAACAGUUCAAUGAUCACAUGAUGAUGGGCGGAUCAGAUGUCUUCCUCACACCGUCUCCGUUCCGACCAACCAUCCAAAGCAUCGGCAGCGACAUGAUCCAGCGAUCAUCUUAUGAUCCAUACGAUAUCGAGAGUAACAACAAGCAGCAUGCCAAUGGAUCAACCAGCAAGUGGAUGUCGACGCCGCCAAUGAAGAUGAGGAUCAUAAGGAAGGGGGCGGCAACCGAUCCUGAGGGCGGGGCGGUGAGAAAGCCAAGGAGAAGAGCACAAGCGCACCAGGAUGAGAGCCAGCAACAACUGCAGCAAGCUUUGGGUGUCGUUAGAGUGUGCUCGGACUGCAACACCACCAAGACCCCCUUGUGGAGAAGUGGUCCUUGUGGCCCCAAGUCCCUUUGCAACGCGUGUGGCAUCAGGCAAAGGAAGGCGCGGCGGGCGAUGGCCGCUGCUGCCAACGGCGGAGCGGCGGUGGCGCCGGCAAAGAGCGUGGCCGCGGCGCCGGUGAACAAUAAGCCGGCGGCGAAGAAGGAGAAGAGGGCGGCGGACGUCGACCGGUCGCUGCCGUUCAAGAAACGGUGCAAGAUGGUCGAUCACGUUGCUGCUGCCGUCGCUGCCACCAAGCCCACGGCUGCUGGAGAAGUAGUGGCCGCCGCUCCGAAGGACCAAGAUCACGUCAUCGUCGUCGGUGGCGAGAACGCCGCCGCCACCUCCAUGCCGGCACAGAACCCGAUAUCCAAGGCGGCGGCGACCGCCGCUGCCGCCGCCGCCUCUCCGGCGUUCUUCCACGGCCUCCCUCGCGACGAGAUCACCGACGCCGCCAUGCUGCUCAUGACCCUAUCCUGUGGCCUCGUCCACAGCUAGCUAGCUAGCUGAUCAAAACUAGCUAGCUACUAGUACCGUUAAUUUGAUGAGGGCAACAACCAGAGUACUAUGUACCACUACUAGCAAUAUUUUGUGUGUGCCUUGUGAUCUUUUGUUGUUUUGUGUUGUUGAGGAGAUCACUAGAUCAGGAUGAAGGAGAGAUAGUGAUCACAUGUCUAAGGACGAAAUAAACGAGAACAAACUCGCUAGCUAGCUACUAGCCGGGAUCAGGAUUAUAUUUACUAUCAGCUGAGUGAUUAGCUUGAGGUUUUUUUUUAUUACCCCCUACUGCUGCUAAUUAAUCAAGCCACUUUUGUAUCAUGUUUCUUAGUUCUUUCUUCUUGUAUCUGUUAUGUUUGGAGCUAAUAAUAAUAUGGAGAUUGGAGAGAA